UCAGGUUGUUCUGGCGUGUGGAGGAUCCCUAUGAAGAACCUGCAAGUGUUUCGCAUGGACAAGCCCCCAUUAUCAACAAGUUUGCCUCUCUCAGAAAGAAGGAAGCUGGCGGAAAGCAAGGGCGAGUCGGGGCCACCAUGGUGACAUCACUUGAGGGAAUCUCCAAGUGUCAGCAGCCGCCUGCUCCACCUCCCCAGUGUACCCAGUUCCAGAGACAUGGGAGUGAACCUAGUGACCAUCGUGCUGCUUCUGGCAAAAACACUGAGUCGUGCAGAAGCAGGUUCCUGCUCUUCUGGAAGUGCACUCACUUGUGAAGACUGUUUGAGGCUUGGGCCGCUGUGUGGUUGGUGCUUCCAGGAGGACUUCAGCGACGAAUCAAAUUUUGGUGGAAGAUGUGACACUCUUGACAAUCUCUCGUUGCGAGGAUGUCCUCCGGAGUUUAUUGAAUCCCCUGUCAGCCACCUUAGAGUUGUAAAAGGCGAGCCUUUAAGCUUGACCAGCGCGAAGAGGGACGGGAAAAGGAUACAAAUGUCCCCACAAAAACUUGUACUUAACCUGCGACCAGGCAGGCGGCUGACAUUUGGAGCAGAUGUGCGGCAGUUUGAAGAUUAUCCAGUUGAUCUCUAUUACCUAAUGGACCUUUCUGCCUCUAUGAUUGAUGACCUGAACAGAAUUAAAGAACUGGGCUCCUCUCUCUCCAAAGAGAUGGCUAAACUGACCAGUAACUUUAAACUGGGCUUUGGAGCAUUCGUAGACAAGCCAGUAUCUCCUUUUAUCAAAACUACGCAGAAGGAUUUAGCCAAUCCCUGCUGGACUCAGGACACAGAAUGUUUGCCCACAUUUGGUUAUAGACAUAUGCUUUCACUGACUGAGGACACAACAAAAUUUAAUGAAGUUGUUCAAAAACAGCAAAUUUCCGCGAAUGUCGAUGAUACUGAAGGAGGAUUUGAUGCAAUAUUACAAGCAACUGUCUGUAAGGAAAAGAUUGGUUGGCGUAAUGAUUCCUUGCACUUGUUGGUAUUUGUGACUGAUGCUGAUACACAUUUUGGAAUGGACAGCAAGUUGGCUGGGAUUGUCAUACCUCAUGAUGGAAAAUGCCACUUAGACAAUGAGAACAAAUAUACAAAGUCAACAGCAAUGGAAUAUCCCUCACUUGGGCAACUAAUAGAAAAGCUUGUGGAAAACAACAUCUUGCUGAUUUUUGCUGUGACAGAUAAGCAGCUAAACACAUACAAGAAUUAUGCAACACUGAUACCUGGUGCCACAGUGGGGCGACUCGCAAGUGAUUCUGGAAAUAUCCUUCAAUUGAUUAUUAAGGCCUACAAGGAACUGCGAUCAGAGGUGGAGCUGGAAGUGACAGGAGAUACUGAUGGAGUGCGGUUCUAUUUCACUGCUAUCUGUCAAGAUGGUGCUAUCCUCCAAGGACAGAAAAAAUGUUCUCAUCUCUACAUUGGAGACACAGUCUCUUUCAAUGUGACUGUAGAAUUGGAAGAAUGUCUGAAUGAACCUAAGCAUAUCGUAAUCAAGCCCUUUGGAUUCAGAGACAGCCUAGAGAUUGAGAUACAGCCAGCUUGUAGCUGCAGCUGCCAAUCAAAUGCAGAGCACAAUAGCUCAAGAUGCAACAACGGCAGUGGCUCUUUCCAAUGUGGUGUAUGUGUUUGCAAUGUCGGCCGAUUAGGUCCUCAUUGUGAAUGUACAGAAGAGAACAUAAACACAGGUAGCUGCAAACACAGUGCAGAAAACGUUUCCUGCAAUGGUCGAGGAGACUGCUACUGCGGGCAGUGUGUCUGUCAUCCUUCUGAAUUUGGACGAAUAUAUGGUGCCUAUUGUGAAUGUGAUGACUUUUCCUGUGUGAGAUUUAAAGGACUUCAGUGUGCAGGUCAUGGGCAGUGUGAUUGUGGAGAAUGUCACUGUCACCACGGAUGGAGUGGUGAAUACUGCAAUUGUACAGCCAACACUGAUCUUUGCAUUUCUGAAGAUGGUGCAAUAUGUAGUGGCCAUGGAGAAUGUAUCUGUGGGAAAUGUGUCUGCACGCAUGCAGGAUCCUCAGGGGAUAAAUGUGAAAAAUGUUCAACUUGUGGUGACACCUGCACUUCGAAACGGAGCUGUGUUGAAUGUUACCUUUCUAACAUGGGUGGAUCAGUAGAAGAAUGCCAAGAAAAAUGCAUGAUAGUUGAUUCCACAGUCAAUCAAACCGCAGAAUUCGAAGAAAACCAAUCAAUCUACUGUUCUUUGAAAAGUGGCAAUGACUGCACAAUAUCAUUCCGUAUUGUUAAUGAUCAACAUGGAAGAUCACUUCUAUAUGAUCUUGAACAAACAGAAUGCCCCUUGCCUCCAAAUGUAAUUAUGAUAGUUUUGGGAAUAUCUUUGGCAAUCCUUGUGGUUGGUUUGGUUAUCCUCAGUAUCUGGAAGAUGUUUAUAUCCAUUCAUGAUCGCAAAGAAGUGGCCAAAUUUGAAGCAGAACGAGCAAAAGCUAAGUGGCAAACGGGCACGAAUCCACUUUACAGAGGGUCAAUUUCCACAUUUAAAAAUGUGACCUAUAAAAAUUAUGGAAAAAAGGAAGUCACUACAAUUGGGAAUUAAUGCUUAAUUUAUUGGAAAAUUGUAAGUUUAACUAAUGGACAUGAUGCACUUUUAUGUUUGCUUUUAUCUCAAUUAUCAAAAUUUAUAAGCAUGUUUUAGGUUUUUGUCUGUUUAGUGUACAUAAAAUUUGUAACACCAUGUGUAUAUUUUG